AUCCCUGCGUGUAAACUACCGUUGGAGGGGCGAACCGAAAUGUCUGGAGAGCAAAUACAGAUCGCUAAGCAAAGACAGUCGACGCUGACGGGAUCUGUGCGCUUUCGUUGAGACUUUUCAGUACCUCAUCGUGGGAAUUUAAAAGCCUUUUGUCAUCGUGAAGCAUAUCUAAGGUGGCCUUUAGCACCUAGAGCAACACAUCUCCGAAGAGGCGAGAAGACCAGAUACGGAGCGAAGAGUUGUUGUUUUUUUUUCUCUUGCUUUCACCAAGAGCUGUUUUUGUCACGCUCCCUCACAAUCUCUCGUCCCAUCUGUUGGAGCACUUCUGCCAAGGCGGUUUCAUAAGCAGAGAUUCAUCUCUUGUCUGCAUUCUUUGAGUGACACGUUUUCUCAAGAUAAUAAAAGAUAAUUGCCGCGAUUUUUGGAAAGGCGGCAUUUGCUUGUUGCUCAUUUGCAGUAUUGAAGAUCUGCACCCUUUGAAAACCCUCAAAGAAGGGCUCACAGCCCAAAACUCAUUUUUUCAUUUCCCUGCUUUCCUUGGUGAAGAAACAAUGAAUUUCUCUCCUUAGUUCUUUUAAACAACCAACAACAACUAUGAUUCACCUGUGUGUACAUAGUAGUCCCACUUAAAUUAAAGUCCUUCUUAUUUUUUUUGCCUUGGCUGGCACCUUAAUCAAAGCUGUUCCAGCCUCAUCCUACUCUAGUAUGAGUUAUGACAACCCUAAAUCUGCGCCCAGCAGCAGCACUCGGGGGCGAGUGGCGAGGGCAGAAGAGAAAGACAACAACCAUGAAGCGGAGUCAGAAGGGUUAAACUCGCCGGAGACUAGCGGUGGUCAGUCUGGCGCCAAUGAUCCCACUCAGGAGCAGGGGCGUGGAGCCGGAGGCGGCUCAUCUCCCGGCCAAGGGUCGGGAUCCGGAAGUUCGUCCAGAGGCCGAAGAGGGCCCAACUCCGAUGAUAUGGACGGACUCUCCAGCGGGAAUGACUCCGGGGAGAGGGAAAGCGAGAGCGGGAUGGAGAGAGAGAACAGCCCACGCGGACGCCAGUCCACACGCAGCUCCCACAGCUCAUCAAAUGGCAAGGACUCCGGCAUGAUGCUGGAAACCACUGAGAGCAACAAGAGCUCCAACUCCCAGAGCCUCUCGCCUCCCAGCAGCUCCCUGGCCUACAGUCUGCUGUCGACCAGCUCGGAGCACGACCCCCCCUCCACCUCUGGCUGCAGCAGCAACCAGUCGGCGCGGGUCCAGUCCCAGAAAGAGCUUAUGAAGGCCAUCAAGGAGCUGAAGCUCCGCCUACCAACUGAGCGCAAAGCCAAGGGCCAUGCCAGCACUCUAAAUGCACUCAAAUACGCACUUCAGUGUGUCAAACAAGUCCGAGCCAACAAGGAGUACUAUCAUCAGUGGAGUGUAGAGGAGUGUCAUGGCUGCAGUCUGGACUUGUCUACCUUCACAAUCGAGGAGCUGGACAACAUCACCUCAGAAUACGCCCUCAAAAACACUGACACGUUCACCAUGGCCGUGUCAUUCUUGUCGGGGAAAGUCAUAUACGUGUCGCCCCAGGGCUCAUCCCUGCUACGCUGUAAGCCCGAGUGUCUCCAAGGGACCAUGUUUUCGGAUCUUCUGGCCCCGCAGGACGUCAGCACUUUCUACAGCGGCACAGCGCCCUGCCGCCUGCCUAACUGGGCCUCUUGCAUCGGAUCAGCCUCUCCGGUCGAUUGCACUCAGGAGAAGUCCAUGUUCUGUCGAAUCAGUGCCGACCGGACGCAGGGCCGCGAGAUGCGCUACUACCCCUUUCGCCUCACGCCCUACCAGCUCACCAUCAGGGACUCGGAUCUCGCGGAGCCACAGCCCUGCUGCCUGCUCAUCGCAGAGAGGGUCCACUCUGGAUACGAGGCUCCUCGUAUCCCUGCAGACAAGAGGAUCUUCACCACCAGUCACACACCCAGCUGCCUCUUCCAGGAAGUUGACGAGAGGGCGGUGCCUUUGUUGGGCUACCUGCCUCAGGACUUGGUGGGAACCCCCACCCUGCUCUACAUCCACCCUGAAGACAGGCCCAUGAUGCUGGCUAUACAUGAGAAGAUCUUUCAGUUUGCGGGGCAGCCGUUUGAAUAUUCACCCCUGAGGAUGUGCGCCCGCAGCGGGGAGUAUCUGACCAUCGACACCAGCUGGUCUUCGUUUGUCAACCCCUGGAGCCGCAAGGUGGCGUUCAUCGUAGGGCGCCACAAAGUCAGAACGAGCCCUCUGAACGAAGACGUGUUCACGACGCCGCAGGGCUGCGAGGGUCGGGUCACAACGCCCGACGUCGUCCAGCUGAGCGAGCAGAUCCACCGGGUGCUGGUGCAGCCGGUGCACAGCGGCAGCUCUCAGGGCUACAGCUCGCUCGGGUCCAGCGGCUCGCGGGGCUCCCGGCGGUCGCACCAACAGCACCUCAGCGCCUCAGCCGGCUCGUCCAGCGACAGCAACAGCCCCGCCAUGGACAAGGCCAACGCCGCGGUUGCUGUGAACAAACCUAUGACGUUCCAGCAGAUCUGUAAAGACGUUCACAUGGUCAAGACUAAUGGACAGCAGAUGUUUAUUGAGUCCCGUAACCGGCCACUACCAAGAAAAAACAACAGCACAGGCCCAGCAACCGUCAGAGCCGUCACUAGUGACCCAAUCAGAGGCUUGAUAGCUGACCUGACAAAACCACCCAAAGCUUUGGUUCCUGCACCGCUUGCACAGCAGGAUCCCCCUACUGGCUACUCCUACCAGCAGAUCAACUGUCUGGACAGCAUCAUAAGGUACUUGGACAGCUGUAACAUUCCUAACACGGUUAAAAGGAAGUGUGGCUCCUCCUCUUGCACUUCCACGUCUGAUGAUGACAAACAGCAGGAGGCCAGCGGCAACAACAACGGUGGUUCAGUUAGCCUCGUAGGUGAACCACCUUCUCUGCCCCCACUGACCUUGGCCACAAAGGCAGAGAGUGUAGCCUCAGUCACGUCCCAGUGUAGCUUCAGCAGCACCAUCGUGCAUGUGGGAGACAAGAAGCCUCCUGAGUCAGACAUCAUCAUGGAGGAGGCUCCGACAACUCCUACGCUUGCUCCUCCUACAAUAACGCCAACUCGUCCUGCCAUCACCCCUCCCCCUCCCCCGCCUCCUCUACCUCAAGCCACUCAGCCGGAGAGGGACAGCCGGAGAAGUGGAAGUGUAGGAGGGCGGAUGGGUCUGACAAAGGAGGUGCUGUCCGCCCACACCCAGCAGGAGGAGCAGGCGUUCCUUGACCGCUUCAAGGACCUCAGCAAGCUGCGUGUUUUCGAUCAGACAGCGUCUUCAAAUCUGCACUGCCACGCCCCGGCUGCCAACCCUCUGUCACGAGGAGUGCGUUGUUCUCGGGACUACCCAGCUGCAGCAAGCAGCUCUGCUCGCAGACGUGGCCGCGGAGGUAAGCGACUCAAGCACCAGGAGUCGUCUGACCAGCGCAGCUCUCUUGGCCUGAGCGGGAGCCGGGGUGACCCCCGAACCAGCACAGGUCCCAUGCCCCUCAACAUACCUCUCGGACCCCCAACAAACUCCUCAUCCUGGCCGUCUGUAGGCUCCCAGGCCAGCAUUCCCUCCGCCCCUUUCGCUCCCGGUAUGCUUCCAAUCUACCCCGUUUACCCACCGCUCGCGCAGCCCUUCCCCCAGGCCAUCCCAGAUCAAUCACGUUUUCCCCCUAGCCAGAUGAUACCUCCCAUGAUGGCGCUGGUUCUGCCCAACUACAUGUUCCCUCAGAUGGGAGCACCCAUCUCUCAGCCAGGUGCCACCCCAGGACACUUCUACAAUCCCAACUUCCCGUACCCCGUCGCCACCCCGGCCGCUGUCCCCAAUGUUCUUUCCAACACUGUACCCAUCCCAGGCAACUGCGUCCCGUCUCGUAGCAGCACCCCCCAGUCCUACACUCAGACGCCUGCUGACCGUGAGGGUGCAGAGUCCCCCCUCUUCCAGUCCCGAUGCUCCUCUCCCCUCAACCUGUUGCAGCUGGAGGAAUCACCGAGCAACCGGUUAGAGGUCGCCACGGCCCUGGCAGCAUCACAGCAAGCCACGCCUUCUGUGCAGGGCGGGGCAGGCGGGGGGCAGAGCUCAACCAAUCAGGGGAGCUCUGAUGAUAUCUCCAAGGAGAACGAGAAUGGUGAAACUAAUGAGUCCAACCAAGAUGCCAUGUCCACCUCCAGUGACCUGCUUGACAUGUUGCUGCAGGAAGACUCCCGCUCAGGCACCGGCUCAGCCGCCUCUGGUUCAGGGUCCUCAGGCACGAGGUCCUCUGGUUCAGGUUCCGGCUCCAACGGCUGCAGCUCCUCUGGCACCAGCGGCACCAGCAGCAGCCAGGGCAGCCACACCAGCAAGUACUUUGGCAGCAUCGACUCAUCAGAGAACGAUCAUUCCCGCAAACAGCCUGCAGGGGGCAGCAGUAGCGCCGGAGGAGAUGGUGGCGAGGAGCAGUUCAUCAAGUGUGUCCUACAGGACCCCAUCUGGCUGCUGAUGGCCAACACGGACGACAAGGUCAUGAUGACCUAUCAGCUGCCUGUCAGGGACAUGGAGACUGUGCUGCGAGAGGACCGUGAGGCCUUGAGGAGCAUGCAGAAACACCAGCCACGCUUCACCGAGGUGCAGAAGAGGGAGCUGAGCCAGGUGCACCCCUGGAUCCGCACAGGACGUUUGCCCCGAGCCAUCAACAUCUCUGGCUGUGCAGGCUGCAAGUCUCCCACCUCCGUGCCUCCCGCCGCUCCGUUCGAUGUGGAGAUCCACGAGAUGGAGCUGUGCAAUGUGCUGAAGGCUCAGGAGGAGGGCGCCGGUGACGGGAGGAAACUUCUUUCAGAGACCGCCAUGGAUGAAGCUCACCCAGACGAUGAAGAAGAAGAGGUAGAAGAGAAAGGACAAAACGGCAACCAGGACAUGCCAGCAGAGGAGCAGAGAGCGACCUCAGAGGCUGUGAAGGAAAAUGAGUCUCGCAUGACCCACUGAGAGGGCGGCCAAAGAUGAUGAACACUAUUGUGAACUUUCUACGCUGAUAUGCAGAAAAUUUGCACCUUCAAGGUCUUUGUGCGCAAAACAUCUUUACACAGGGUGUAAAUUGUUAAAAUGGGAUUUGCAGGGACACGACAAAAGAUGCUCAUCGAUCAAGACAACUUCCAUUUGUUGUUUGACAGGUCAGGCAGGCCAGUUACUUGUUCAUGAAGUCUGACGUUGGUGAACGCACACCAGGCAUGUUUUAUGGCUGCAUAUUAAACGCCUUGGAAACCACAGGACAUCAUGUACACUCAGUUUUAGAGAGUGAAUUACAACUCGCCCUCACCUGUUGUUGGCAUAUUUAUUUAAAGUUGUUAGAUAAUCAGAGAGGACUAAGGUGAAUGUGUUUUAAAAAGAGGCGCCUUUGCAUAAAGAUGGAUGUUCGUCACCGUCCUCCUUGACAUUUUAUCUCUCCUUUUCAGCUUGUGAGGAAAGAAGGGAGUUUUAUCUGAAGACUUUCUUGUUGAAUGUUUCACAGGUUGUCUGGAGUCCUGCUCCCACCUAGAUUCUGUUUCUUUAGUUUUUUUUAUAUAAAAAGUUUCCCCCGAUAAAAAAACAAAAAAACAACUAGGUUUAUUUUGUAAACAUUGUGUAUAUUUUUAUACUUCAUCCACUGCAAAUAGAGAGGAUUAAUGCCCAAAAGAGUGUCCGUACACCGUACAUAUGUGAAAAUCCAGGAUGGAAGUCUUCAGGCGGAAAAAAUCAUCAGUCUCUGAAACGAAGAUGGGGUUUCUCGUGACACAUGGACAGCGACGUACAGUUAACCGUGGGGCAGCGUGGCAAAGACACUGACCUGGACUUUUAAGGUUUGUCUUCAGCCACGCAUUCUUUAGAAAUGAAAAACAAUGCCUGUCUGAGAAACAAUUCUCUCACAAACAGUAUUUCCCAAACUGCCAGCAUCCUAAGGAGCCGUGGCAGAGGGAGAGCGUUUGUGUUGCCAGUGCUUGCCCGUGGUGGAACGUGGAUUUGGAAGAGGCGGGACUGAAGUCUUUGAAAUAAGCCUUGAGAGUUUGGAGAGUGUUUACUAUGUUCUCUUUUCCUCUCUGUCCCAUUUCUCUUCUCUCUGUGGCACUGUUCUGGUCAUGUGAUAUCCUAUGCUUUAUGGCGUCAGUGGUGUCUGCAACAGUUUAUAAAUAUUUUUGUGAAAUUCUUUGUACAAAAAUAGACAAUAAAACUAAUUCAAAUGUU